AUGCCAAAGAUAAAAAGCUACACCCCCGCCUGGCUCUCGAGCCCUUCGCCGGGCCAUGACCUCUUCACUCCAAACCCGGACGAGGCUCAGCAUGUCUCGUCCUACGCCUCCAAGUCGGCUCUCAAGUCCGGUCCCCGACGAACAAUCGCCCGACGCGGAACCGAAGUCUACAUCGCUGUUGGGAAGGAGAUCAGAUGGGCCGACCUUGUCUACCUCAAGGAAAGAUGGCAGGAGAAGGCGGCGCGAGGUCGUGCAGGUGUUCGCGUAAAGCGUGAGGACUCAUCUGAGCCCAGCGACAAUGAUUUAAUCAAGGACUCAAUAGAAGACGGUUGCGCCGAAGGUUUUCGUACGAUCAAGACCUCCGUCGGUAGCGACAUCCAGCAGCUUGCCAUUUCCCCCUACGCGAACUUCAUAGCAGUCCUCACCACUCACACCGUCCGCAUCAUUUUGUUGCCCGACCCGUCCCAUCUGACAGCGCCGAGUCUCGACGUUAUCAAGCCCAAGUCGUGGACACUGGGCCCUACCACACAUGUCAUGGACCGCUCACCCAUCGCCUCUUCUCUGUGGCAUCCUCUAGGAGUUAAUGGCUCUGCUCUGGUGACUGUCACCAAGGAUGCCCUUGUAAGGGUGUGGGAGCUCUCUCAGAAGGACCGCUGGUCGUUCGAUACGCCCUCUCUGACCAUCGACUUGCAAAAGCUUGCGGACGGCACGUCCUUGGACCAGAACUUUGGAGCUUCGUCUGAUAUCACGAACAAGGGAUUUUCACCCGACUCUUUCGAGAUGGAUGUGGCGGCAGCCUGUUUUGCUGGCAGGGGCUCGGGAGGUUGGUCGCCCAUGACACUCUGGAUCGCUAUGAGGGAAGGGGACGUAUAUGCCUUGUGUCCGUUGCUACCAAGUCAGUGGGCUCCACCACCAAUCUUGAUUCCUUCACUCUCGAUAUCGAUAGUCGGGAAUCUGGCUGCCAUCGAAGAUGAUCCAGGCGUAUCUGAGCAAGCCAAGUUGUUGGCGCAGCAACAACUAGACUGGAUGUCGGACCUUGAUAAUCAAGAACCCAGAGUGGUCGAGGGCCCCCCUGGAGAAGCCCCCACUGAGAUAUAUGCUCGACCUAUGCGGCCAGGGAUAGUGCCUCGGUUGCAAGGACCGUUUGACCUCGAGUUGAGUCCCUAUAACACCGACGACCUUGACAUCGAGUUAACAGACAUAUUUGCUAUUGGCGAAAAGCUUGAUACAGAUGAGCUCAUGAUGGGCGAGGAUGAUGACCUGGAGAUGGAGGACAUCGAUGGGGAAGGCUUGUCUCUCUCCGUGAUAUGUCUGCUUUCAUCCAGUGGUCAACUACGAAUCUGUCUAGACUUGGAUGGCGUGCAGGCACAAUGGCUACCACCUCGAAACAAGUCAAAGGCCAUGGGCCGCCUGGUAGGAUCGCCUUCGCUGCUGACGUUCCAGAGCUUGGAUGUUUUGAACGCAGUGGAGGUCACCGAGGAUGGUUGGCCAGUUUUCAGUCCCGAUGUUACCUCUCGGUAUUCUUUCUUCAUUACUCAUUCCUCUAGCAUUACUUCGGUCUCUCUGCCAUGGGUCUUCCGGCUCGAGAGCGAACUACAGGGCGAUUCGCAAGCUGGGUCUGAUUUCAGAAUCGAUCUACUUGUAAAGGGCCAAAGCUCGACCCGAGAGCGGCUUUACACAAGCCCGUCUCAGGUUGACACGCAACUCCAACUGAGUGCGGCAGUGGCGAUUCGUGACCCCGAUCUCGGCUACUUUUUGCUAUCUGCAACUCCCUUCGUGCCGAUCGCGAUAACAUUCGAGGUACCUCAAGACGAUUUCGCACCACCGCGGCCUGCUUCGCCCUCCUUCAGUAAAGAUGCCGAAGUGCAACCCUUGGACUUCUUUGAACCUCGCCCGGUCUUCCAGCCGUCACACGCAUUCGAUCAAAGGUCCAACCUACCAGAGCUUCUCGACCGGCUCCGCACUAGCCGGCACAAGACGGUUGUCAACCAAGAAGUCCGACUUUCGCCGCUGACCUUGCAGCUUUUCACCGAGGUCCACCAGAUCCUCAGUGAUGAGACGCAUAGACUCGGCGUCGCAGCAUCCGAAGUCUUCCGACGAUGCGUCAAGUUGCAAGGAGAGCUCAGGCAGCAAAUCACCAAGGCAAACGAGGUCAAGGCGAGGGUUGAGGCUGUCACGGGAGAAGAUCAAGGAGAAGACGGCGAACCAGAGCCUAGCAAUGCCGCCAUUGAGAGACGGCUGCAGGCCGCCAAGGAAAAGGGAGAGGCUCUCAGCCAGCGACUGGAGAAAAUGCGCAGGAAGGUCAACAAGGCGACGAGUCGAGAGCUGAGUGCCAGGGAGGAAGCAUGGAUGGACGAGGUCAGGAAAUACGACGCAAGCAUCAUGGGAUCUGCAAGGCCGGCAGAUGGAGCGGGCCGCGCAAAGCAGGCUAUGCAUAGGUACCAGGAGGUGAUGCAACUAAAGGACGAGCUCGCGGAGCAGGCGUACAAGCUAGGGGCCACGGACGACGGGGAGGAGAACCUAAGCGCCUCGACGACAGACUUACGUAUCCCGUCGGAACUCAGAAGAGCCAAAGUGAACCAGGUGAAGGGACUCCUGGAGCGUGAGACAGCGCUGGUGGAUGCGGUGAAAGCUCGUCUCGAACGUUUAGCGGUUGUUGGAUAG